AGAGAGAGAGAGAGGAUGGCGUCUUCAUUUUCAUUUAAGUGUUUGAUAUUCAAGUGAGAUACUGCAAGUGUGGUGGGUUCAGCUCAUCACUUAAAAAGACGAGUAUUUUGGUGUAAAUAUAAAAGCCAAUAGUAUAAGUAGAAGGCCAGAGAGAGAGAGAGACAGAGAGAGUCGUGCUUUGGGAGGCGUGGUUUGAUGGGAACUGAUGGGGGGGUUUCUUUUCUGGGUUUUUCGGCAAAGCAAAAGGAAAUAAAAGCCUCCUCCCUCCCACAUUAGGAUUGGCCUUCCCUACAGUGACUUUUUGCAGGCUUUGAUCUUUUGGACUCUUUCUUGUGUCCCCAGCUCCGAUUGUCUUUACUUCGGUUUUGGAAUGUGAAAGUAACAUACAACACAACCCAACACCCACCCACACAGAGACAGUGGGUAAUUCCUGGUUUUUGUCAUCCUCCUCCUUAUUUUCACCCAAGGGACAUGCCAAUAUGUCUCUUCCUCGGUUCGUUUGGUGCGUGAUGAAAAGAUAAAGAACCGCUCUUGGGUUUUUUUUUUCUGCCGGUGGAGGACUAAGAAUAGGACCAUUUGAUUUCUGGGUUUUGGUCUGAGAAUUCAAAACAAUGGGUUGUGCAUUUAAGUUGAGGUGGUAGUGGUAGAGAGAGAGAGACAGGGACAGAGAGUUAGAUAGAGAAGCAAAAAGAUGGGUUCUUCUGUUGAGGGAAGCAUCAAGACUGCAGGGCCUGUGACUGUGACUCUACCACAGCCUACUCUUCUUGAAGAAAUGAAGCUGUUGAAAGAAAUUCAAGAUCAGUCUGGAGCUCGGAAGACAAUAAAUUCAGAGUUAUGGCACGCUUGUGCGGGUCCGCUCGUCAGCUUGCCUCAGGUUGGAAGUCUGGUGUAUUAUUUCCCUCAAGGACAUAGUGAACAGGUGGCAGUCUCUACCAAGAGAACUGCUACUUCGCAAAUUCCAAAUUAUCCAAAUCUCUCAUCACAGCUUAUGUGCCAAGUUCACAACGUCACUCUCCAUGCUGACAGAGAGACAGAUGAAAUAUAUGCUCAGAUGUGCCUUCAACCCAUCCAUUCUGAAAAAGAUGUAUUUCCUGUACCUGACUUUGGACUAAGGCAGAGCAAACAUCCAAGUGAGUUCUUUUGCAAGACUUUGACAGCUAGUGAUACAAGUACACAUGGCGGCUUCUCAGUGCCACGUAGAGCUGCAGAAAAGCUCUUCCCUCCACUGGAUUACGCAAUGCAACCACCAACUCAAGAGCUUGUUGUUCGAGAUUUACAUGAUAACACAUGGACAUUCCGCCAUAUAUACAGGGGACAGCCAAAGCGACACCUUCUUACCACUGGGUGGAGCUUGUUUGUUGGUGCAAAAAGGCUACGAGCUGGUGAUUCUGUCCUAUUCAUAAGGGAUGAGAAGUCACAGCUGAUGGUGGGUGUAAGGCGUGCGAAUCGGCAACAAACAACGUUACCAUCCUCGGUUUUAUCAACAGAUAGCAUGCAUAUUGGCAUCCUUGCAGCUGCGGCUCAUGCUGCCACGAGCCGAAGCUCAUUCACGAUAUUCUACAAUCCGAGGGCAUGCCCUUCAAAUUUUGUCAUUCCUUUGGUUAAAUACAGAAAAGCUGUAUAUGGGACUAGGAUUUCUGUUGGCAUGAGGUUCGGCAUGAUGUUUGAAACUGAAGAGUCAGGAAAACGCAGAUAUAUGGGUACAAUAAUUGGUAUUAGUGACUUGGAUCCACUAAGAUGGCCUGGAUCAAAAUGGCGAAAUUUGCAGGUGGAGUGGGAUGAACCGGGGUGUGGUGAUAAGCAGAACAGGGUCAGUCCAUGGGAUAUCGAGACCCCAGAAAGUCUCUUUAUUUUUCCUUCUCUGACCUCAGCUCUCAAAAGGCCGCUACAUACUGGUUAUAUGGGAGGAGAAACUGAAUGGGGAAAUUUAGUCAAGAGACCUCUUAUCCAGGUUCCUGAUGGUGGAGGCAUGAACCUUCUUCCUUACGCUUCAGUUCCAAAUCUGUACUCGGAGCAGCUAAUUAAGAUGAUAAUGAAGCCUCAACUUGUGAACUAUCCUUCUCUUCCUCAAGAUAACAACCCUAAGGGUGUUCCUGGACACGAAGUGAACACUAUGCAGGGAACAAUGAAUCAGAAGCCACAGGCUUUCAAUGCAGAAACUGUCGUUCCGCCAAAGCAUGUGUAUCCUCAGCUCUGUCCAGAUCAGUCUAGUGCCCUGGGUCCAUCAUCUGAUGUUCAUGUAACUGGCAAAGUGCAGCCUCCAUUCAAGACUGAAAAUCAAGUACCAGUAGAGACAAAGGAUGAAAAGUUGAAUGGAGAUUCCCACCUCAAAACAGAUGUACUACACCAAGUACCUUCGACGUCCAUUGUAGAGCUUCCAGAGGAAAAUAUUGCCUCAGGUCCUUCCAGUCAACAAAACAAUGUAAACCAUGUGACAAUCCUCAACCAGAACCAGGGUCAAAUGCUAUCACAGGCCUGUUCAUGGCCUCCACAACCCCUGCAGAUACCCAUGUGCGAUUCUAAUGUGCUGCAUGGGUCAUCCCCUUUUGUAAAUCCUGAUGAGUUUAUGUUCUCUUCUACAAAUAAAUCUGUAGCUGCAUUAAUGAGAUCGCCAGGCCCAUUUUCCGUUUUUGGGCCACAAGACCCAUCUGCCACUUUUGGAGAUCCAGGAGGCCAAUUACCUUUGAUUAGUCAGGAUUUGUGGGAUUGUCAGGGUAUUAGUUCACGCUUUCCAUCCCAAGGAGACCAACUUACUCCACUUCCUGAGCAGGACCCUUCAAGCCUCUGUGGCAUAUCCAAUUCAGUUUGCUUGAAGGAUUUAUCUGCCGACAGCAACAACCAGAGUGGAAUUUAUAGUUGCCUUAACUUAGAUGCUAGCAAUGGUGGAAGUUCUGUAAUUGAUCCAUCUAUCUCAAGUGCCAUUUUGGACGAUUUUUGCACAAUUAAGGAUGGACCCUUCCCAAAUCUUUCAGAUUGUUUGGUGGGCAACUUCAGUUCAAGCCAAGAUGUUCAGUCUCAGAUUACUUCUGCAAGUCUUGCAGACUCUCAGGCUUUCUCAAGACAGGAUUUCCCUGAUAAUUCAGGCGGAACGUCUUCGAGCAAUGUUGAUUUUGAUGAAAGUAGUAUUCUGAAAAACAGCACCUGGCAGCAGCAAGUAGCCCCGCCUAUGCGCACCUACACUAAGGUUCAAAAGGCGGGAUCAGUCGGAAGGUCGAUUGAUGUGACAAAUUUUAAGAACUACGAGGAGCUGUUGUCUGCUAUAGAAUACAUGUUUGGACUUGAGGGGCUGCUAAAUGAUCCGAGGGGUUCUGGGUGGAAACUGGUCUAUGUCGAUUAUGAGAAUGACGUCUUGCUUGUUGGUGAUGAUCCUUGGGAGGAAUUUGUUGGCUGGGUCCGUUGCAUCAGAAUUCUGUCACCCGUGGAAGUUCAGCAGAUGAGUGAAGAGGGAAUGAAGCUCCUUAAUGCCUCCGCAAGACAAGGAGUGGAUGCUGCUACGACGUCUUAACAAGCAACACAGAGUAAGAAGAGUUUAUGGAUCUGCCAACGCUUUCCGUAGCGUGAAGAAGGAACAUCUCGGCGGAUCAUAUCUUAUUAAUAGUGACAAGUUGUUUCUGUAGAGUAAUCUACUCAUCAAUGGAAGAGCCAUGUUCAGUUGGUUGCGAAACUUAGAAAAGCGACUCCCAACUCCACCCAUCGUAUGCCCCGCAUCUAGGCUAAAUUCGAGCAUCUGUUUGAAUUCUAAGGUACUUCUAGAUUGUGGCAUGUAAUAAAAAGAACCAGGUGUGGUACUCAGAACUGUAGUGGGGUCUAGUUUCUGGUGCCUUUAUGACUGAAGUAGUGAUAUAGUGUUGCUGUUGUAUACGUAUUCACAAGUUAUCAUGAGGAGAUUUAUGGGAGAUUUGAAACCUCAACUGCUCACACAA